GCGGCAGGGCGGGCGCCGCGCGGAGGCAGGGCGGGUGUAUUCAAUGGAAGUAUGUUACCAGCUGCCGGUACUGCCCCUGGACAGGCCGGUCCCCCAGCACGUCCUCAGCCGCCGAGGAGCCAUCAGCUUCAGCUCCAGCUCCGCGCUCUUCGGCUGCCCCAAUCCCCGGCAGCUCUCUCAGAGGCGUGGAGCUAUUUCCUAUGACAGUUCUGAUCAGACCGCAUUAUACAUUCGUAUGCUAGGAGAUGUACGUGUAAGGAGCCGAGCAGGAUUUGAAUCAGAAAGAAGAGGUUCUCACCCAUAUAUUGAUUUUCGUAUUUUCCACUCUCAAUCUGAAAUUGAAGUGUCUGUCUCUGCAAGGAAUAUCAGAAGGCUACUAAGUUUCCAGCGAUAUCUUCGAUCUUCACGCUUUUUUCGUGGUACUACAGUUUCAAAUUCUCUAAACAUUUUAGAUGAUGAUUAUAAUGGACAAGCCAAGUGUAUGCUGGAAAAAGUUGGAAAUUGGAAUUUUGAUAUCUUUCUAUUUGAUAGACUAACAAAUGGAAAUAGUCUAGUAAGCCUAACCUUUCAUUUAUUUAGUCUUCAUGGAUUAAUUGAGUAUUUCCAUUUAGAUAUGAUGAAACUUCGCAGAUUUUUAGUUAUGAUUCAAGAAGAUUACCACAGUCAAAAUCCUUACCAUAACGCAGUCCACGCUGCAGAUGUUACUCAGGCCAUGCACUGUUACUUAAAGGAACCUAAGCUUGCCAAUUCUGUAACUCCUUGGGAUAUCUUGCUGAGCUUAAUUGCAGCUGCCACUCAUGAUCUGGAUCAUCCAGGUGUUAAUCAACCUUUCCUUAUUAAAACUAACCAUUACUUGGCAACUUUAUACAAGAAUACCUCAGUACUGGAAAAUCACCACUGGAGAUCUGCAGUGGGCUUAUUGAGAGAAUCAGGCUUAUUCUCACAUCUGCCAUUAGAAAGCAGGCAACAAAUGGAGACACAGAUAGGUGCUCUGAUACUAGCCACAGACAUCAGUCGCCAGAAUGAGUAUCUGUCUUUGUUUAGGUCCCAUUUGGAUAGAGGUGAUUUAUGCCUAGAAGACACCAGACAUAGACAUUUGGUUUUACAGAUGGCUUUGAAAUGUGCUGAUAUUUGUAACCCAUGUCGGACCUGGGAAUUAAGCAAGCAGUGGAGUGAAAAAGUAACGGAGGAAUUCUUCCAUCAAGGAGAUAUAGAAAAAAAGUAUCAUUUGAGUGUGAGUCCACUUUGCGAUCGUCACACUGAAUCUAUUGCCAACAUCCAGAUUGGUUUUAUGACUUACCUAGUGGAGCCUUUAUUUACAGAAUGGGCCAGGUUUUCCAAUACAAGGCUAUCCCAGACAAUGCUUGGACAUGUGGGGCUGAAUAAAGCCAGCUGGAAGGGACUGCAGAGAGAACAGUCCAGUAGUGAGGACACUGAUGCUGCAUUUGAGUUGAACUCACAGUUAUUACCUCAGGAAAAUCGGUUAUCAUAACCCCCAGAACCAGUGGGACAAACUGCCUCCUGGAGGUUUUUAGAAAUGUGAAAUGGGGUCUUGAGGUGAGAGAACUUACUCUUGACUGCCAAGGUUUCCAAGUGAGUGAUGCCAGCCAGCAUUAUUUAUUUCCAAGAUUUCCUCUGUUGGAUCAUUUGAACCCACUUGUUAAUUGUAAGACCUGAACAUACAGCAAUAUGAAUUUGGCUUUCAUGUGGAACCUUGAAUAUGCAAAGCCCAGCAGGAGAGAAUCCAAAAGGAGUAACAAAGGAAGUUUUGAUAUGUGCCACGACUUUUUCAAAGCGUCUAAUCUUCAAAACGUGAAAGUUGAAUUGUUCAGCAACAAUCUCUUGGAAUUUAACCAGUCUGAUGCAACAAUGUGUAUCUUGUACCUUCCACUAAGUUCUCUCUGAGAAAAUGGAAAUGUGAAGUGCCCAGCCUCUGCUGCCUCUGGCAAGACAAUGUUUACAAAUCAACUCUGAAAAUAUUGGUUCUAAAUUGCCUUGGAGCAUGAUUGUGAAGGAACCACUCAAAACAAAUUUAAAGAUCAAACUUUAGACUGCAGCUCUUUCCCCCUGGUUUGCCUUUUUUCUUCUUUGGAUGCCACCAAAGCCUCCCAUUUGCUAUAGUUUUAUUUCGUGCACUGGAAACUGAGAUUUAUCAUAGAGUACCGCCAAGCUUUCACUCCAGUGCUGUUUGGCAAUGCAAUUUUUUUUUAACGAUUAGUUUUUAAUUUGGGGCGGGAGGGGAAGAACACCAAUGUCCUAGCUGUAUUAUGAUUCUGCAGUGAAGACAUUGCAUGUUGUUUUCACUACUGUACACUUGACCUGCACAUGCGAGAAAAAGGUGGAAUGUUUAAAACACCAUAAUCAGCUCAGGGUAUUUGCCAAUCUGAAAUAAAAGUGGGAUGGGGAAGUGUGUCCUUCAGAUCAAGGGUACUAAAGUCCCUUUCGCUGCAGUGAGUGAGAGGUAUGUUGUGUGUGAAUGUAUGGAUGUGUGUUUGCGUGCAUGUUUGUGCAUGUGUGACUGUGCAUGUUAUGUUUCUCCAUGUGGGAAGAGAUUUGAAAUGUAAGCUUUUAUUUAUUAUUUUAGAAUGUGACAUAAUGAGCAGCCACACUUGGGGGAGGGGAAGGUUGGUAGGUAAGCUGUAACAGAUUGCUCCAGUUGCCUUAAACUAUGCACAUAGCUAAGUGACCAAACUUCUUGUUUUGAUUUGAAAAAAGUGCAUUGUUUUCUUGUCCCUCCCUUUGAUGAAACGUUACCCUUUGACGGGCCUUUUGAUGUGAACAGAUGUUUUCUAGGACAAACUAUAAGGACUAAUUUUAAACUUCAAACAUUCCACUUUUGUAAUUUGUUUUAAAUUGUUUUAUGUAUAGUAAGCACAACUGUAAUCUAGUUUUAAGAGAAACCGGUGCUUUCUUUUAGUUCAUUUGUAUUUCCCUUGUUACUGUAAAAGACUGUUUAUUAAUUGUUUACAGUUUGUUGCAACAGCCAUUUUCUUGGGAGAAAGCUUGAGUGUAAAGCCAUUUGUAAAAGGCUUUGCCAUACUCAUUUUAAUAUGUGCCUGUUGCUGUUAACUUUUGAUGAAUAAAAACCUAUCUUUUCAUA